UUCUUUGUAUCAAAUAUGAACCAGAUGAAAAAGGAGGUCGGAGAGCCGGCCUACGCCCGAGCCUUUAAAUACUGGAGAAAGCAAAUCCAGAAGGCCAAAAUAGCCGAUCUCAGUGCUAGGGAUGUUGAAAGGGCGAACUUCGUGUUCUCCAUCUACGAUUUCGAGGGAACCGGUGUCAUGGAUGCCUUCAACCUUGGCGAUGCCCUCCGCGCCCUCAACCUGAACCCAACCGUCGCCCUCGUCGAGAAGAUGGGUGGAACCAAGAAGAAGAACGAGAAGAAGAUGAAGGUCGAUGAAUUCUUGCCAAUCUUCAGCCAAGUCAAGAAGGACAAGGACACCGGUUGCUACGAGGACUUCCUCGAGUGCUUGAAGCUGUACGACAAGGAAGAGAACGGCAAGAUGAUGGCCGCCGAACUUUCCCACACCCUCCUCUCCCUCGGCGAAAGGUUAGAAGAUGCCCAAGUCGACACCGUCCUCGGCGAUUGCAUGGACAAGGAAGACGAUGAUGGUUUCAUCCCAUACGAUCCCUUCCUCAAGAAGUUGAUGGCGUAAGAUGUCCCCGAACAACGGCAACCAUAAAACCCAAAAAUCAAUCAAAUAUAUUUCCUAAAUUUCUAAAUUUAUUUUUAUCAACUUGAUGGACGUCGCGUGGACGCGAAGUGAAUCAACAAACCAAAAUCAUCGACACAUAUAGAAUCGAUCCAAUCAUUUUUGCUCCAUUAUUAUUAUUAAUAUUUUUAUUUCCUUGUUUUGUUUGUAUUCCAAACAAUCUCCCUCGUGGCACGAUCGAAUUACAACAUCAUAAUCAAAGCAACAACUUCCAAAAUGGGGCCCACGAGGUGCAGAAAACAAACAAACUAAAUUGCUGUUAAAUAUUAAUGUUUACAUCCUGGAACUUGUAAUAUAUUCUUCGUAAUAUACAUUAUAUAUUUAU